AUGCGCUCUGCAAAUUUUUUCUUCUUAUUGUUUGGAUUUUCCUCGGCGCAAUUUGAUUGCUGUCCUCGACUGACGCUGAAUUUGUAUAGAGAUACAGUAGAUUCAAGAAAUCAAUUUUACAUUUUGCGGGAAGAAGAAAUCGCGAAUUUUCCUGACGCUCGUUUUGAUCCUGGAACUGCAGUUUAUUUUAAUGGGGAUAGAAUUUACCUCUAUUGCCGUUCAAAGAUCUGGUUUGUGUCAAUGACGCCCGGCGAAUACAGUGGCUUUGCAUAUUCCAGAACGCACUCGGGAGCUUGUCCAACUGAAGCUGGAUGGACGAAUAUUGAUGGACCAUUACCGGAUUUAAUGAGAUUGGGUCCGUGUGAAGAGGAAAUCAUUGUGGAUACAACAACUGAGACAAAACCAACAGAAUCUUCUCCAGAUGUAACAACGACAACGUCCUCUACGACAACAACGACUACGUCUACUACUACUUCUACCACAACGACGUCCACUACCACAACAACCUCAACAACUACAUCUUCAACGACGACUACCUCUACUUCUACUACAACCACAACAACUACCACAUCUACAAGUACCACAACUACGACGACAUCUACGACUACAACAACUACUACUACCACAACCACGUCUACCACAACAACAACUACAACCACCACAACUACGAGCACCACAACCACAACAACGACGACAACUACCACCACCACAACAACUACAACCACAACGAUCACCACGACCCCUAGUCCUUGCGAUCCCAACCCCUGUCUCAAUUCCGGCUUACCUUCCAUCAACGGAACCUCGUGCGCUUGCUCCUGCCCGUCUGGAUACUCUGGCGAGACGUGCGAAAUUGACCCUUGCUCAAACAAUCCAUGCGAAAACAACGGCCAAUGCUCAGUCAACGGAUCCACUUUUGAAUGCACUUGUCCUUCUAGCUUCAGCGGCGCUAAUUGCUCAAUGACGCCAUGUACUGCAAAUCCUUGCGUCAAUAAUGGAUCGUGUGUUGUUGAAGGAUCAGAUUUUACAUGCUCUUGUCCAGAAGGAUUUAGCGGGGAGAAAUGCGAAUCAACCCCCUGCUCUGACAGUCCUUGUCUAAAUGGUGCCAGUUGUGAAAUAUUCGGAUCAUCCUAUCGCUGCUCCUGUGAGGAGGGUUUUUCAGGAGAUAAUUGCGAGACAACACCGUGCUCUCAAAAUCCUUGCUCUGGACACGGAUCAUGCUCAGUAAUCGGCUCUGGCUACGAAUGCGCCUGUGAUGAUGGCUUUUCUGGAGAAAACUGUCAACUUACUCCUUGCUCUGGCGAGCCUUGUGAGAACGGAGGAACUUGUACAGAAAAUGGUGGAGUUUACGAAUGCAUCUGUCCAGAUGGAUUCUCUGGAAAAGACUGCCAGGAUGAUCCGUGCACAGCAUCUCCUUGUGAAAAUGAUUCCGAUUGCACAUAUAAUGGCGCCGAGAUUGAAUGCAUUUGUCAAGAUGGGUUCGCUGGCGCAAACUGCGAAAUCGUAUCAACAACAACCACAUCGACGACAACGACCACGACAACUGAAGCUCAAGCAUCCACUGAAAUAAUCCUCGAUUAUUUCAACCCGAACUCAACGUCUUUUGAUUCCAACUCUUUCAACGAUGAGAUAAAUACAACUCCAUAUUCUGAUUCGACCCGAGAAACAGUAACACUGCAUAAUGAAUUAUUGAUCACUCCCAAUUCGCCGGAUUCCGAAUUAAACCGUGGCAUUACAACAGACUCGCCGAUUUUAGACGGGCUCUCGGACUUCAGCUUGGGCGAUUUUCUAUUUGGAACGGAGGAUCAACUCACCACUACCGUAUCUACUCCUGUGACAUCAUCUGACCCUCGCAUUUUCUCCACCACUGAUUCGAUGACUACUGCAGCAGCCGAAGAGUUUUUAACAACAACGGAAGACCUCUUUAUUGGAAUAAAUUCAGACUCUUACCUCGGUUCAGCAGAAAACAACGAAGAACAACAUCGUCCAGAAUUCGGAGCGCUAAGCAUCUUCAUCUCUAAACUAACCAACGAGCUUGAAACCUGCCAAAACGCACUUAGAAAAGCGACUCAAAAUGAUGCGGCAGAUUUUAAUGACGAUUUGAAUCCGUGGAUGCAAUAUGUUCUGGCUCACUCAACUCAUUCGGAGACUUUUAAAGAUCUUCUUGGAGAUCGAUUCUGCGACUUAUUAAACUUCCAGAUUCGUGUGAGCACUCGAGGACUUCAACUCAAGCGGGAAAUUAUUAAUAAGAAAGUACAGUCGAUCUGCAGCCGGGCCCAGGAUGUUUUCACCGAUAUUUUUUAUGGAAUUCCGUACAAUUGUGAGAUCGACACUCUAGAACAGUUGGAGACAAGGAGGAGAAUCUUUCUGGCAAAGUCGCUUUAUGAUUUGGAAGACGCGAUAGCGACUCUGGUAACUCAAAGAUAUCGACAAUGCCCGAGAAUGAUGAGAUUCAAGUCUGCUAUCCACAAAGUCUUCACCCGCGGUGAUUUCGUCACGAAAAUGGCCCGUUACGACCCUUAUAACACACAAAUCAGUACAACCGGAUUCAUUGAUUCCGGCCAAGGAAGAGUCAACCAGCUGGGUGGAGUCUUCAUCAACGGCCGACCUCUGCCAAACCAUAUUCGUCAUAAAAUCGUGGAAAUGGCUGCUAUGGGAAUCCGACCCUGCGUGAUUUCAAGACAACUGAGGGUUUCGCACGGCUGUGUUUCAAAAAUUUUAUGCAGAUAUCAAGAAACCGGCUCGAUAAAACCCGGCUCCACUGGCGGCUCAAAACCGCGCAUCACCUCUCCUGAAUUGGAAAAGCGCAUUUUAGACAUUCAAAAGGAAAACCCCGGCAUCUUUUCAUGGGAAAUCAGGGAGAAACUGCUGAAGGAAGGACAAAUGGAACGGGCUGCAGUGCCUUCGGUUUCGUGCAUUUCGCGGAUUUUGCGAUCGAAUGUGGAGAAAAAGGAGCUGGAAGAAAAGGAGGCGAAUGGACUCCAGGAUUCUUCUGGUUCCAAUGGACAGGCUGGCCACUCGCCAAGCCAGGAGGAUGAAGAAUGUCCGAUUAAAGAAGAAAUCGACCACGGAAAUCAAGAAGAAGAGCUCGACGAAUCUGGCCAGCCUGUGAAAAGAAAACAACGACGAUCGAGGACAACUUUUACUGCGGAGCAAUUGGAAGAGCUUGAGAAGUGUUUUGAACGAACGCAUUAUCCAGAUAUUUAUACGAGAGAAGAACUAGCCCAGAGGACGAAGUUGACUGAAGCAAGAGUUCAGGUCUGGUUUUCAAACCGCCGCGCUCGCUGGAGAAAACAAGUCGGAGCCGCCCAACUUCCCAUGCCCGGAGCCGCCACCAUCCCCGGCUACAACCCCCUCGCUCCAACUUACAUGGGCCUCCCAGACACCCCGGGAAGUGCCAGUCUAGGCGGCCUGGCGAGCGGUAGUCUCUCCACUUCGAGCGCGCUCAGUGGUCUUGCAGGAGGAUUUACUGGAAAUCCGAGUUCGUUGCUCAACUCGCCACCGGUUUCAGCUGCUUCGAUUCCGUCUUCGAUCUCAUCGUACUCGCAGUUUUCAGGAAAAAUGAGCUUCCCGACUUCCACUGCUGAUCCGUACAGUAAUCUCCGCUCCGUCGACUUCAACACAUCAGAUCCAUCAUCAGACUCCGGCACAACCAGUCUAGACGCGAGCUCCCCCAGUUUGUCUCUCACUUCCAACCCGUUCAAUCUAGCCGGUCUCGGCGUCGGCAAUCCGGGCUCCGCGCUGGGCCAGAACUUCGACCCAAUGGCUGCCUACAAGAACUACACGACAAACUACAUGAACGCGCAGCAAAAUCUUCAGCAGGGGCUUCCAACGGAGACUGGAACGAGUUCUACUGAUCCGGCGGGAAUUCAAUCGGCUUAUUGA